UUUGGCUGCCGCUAGUAGUGCCAUUUAAUUGAAAAGAAACGUCAGACUUGAAAUUUGAUGUUCCGUGUGUUCUGUUGAAGGGUCAUUCGGACUCGAAAGGUUAACUGUGUUCCUCUCGGCAGAUGCUGCCAGACCUGCUGAGCUUUUCCAGGUAUUUUUGUUUUUGUUUUGAUGUUCCUGUUGGCUUCCUGAUCUGAUACUAUUGUCCUCUCCCCUGACAAUACCGCCAGCGUUUCACCAGGCGUGCUUGAAAGGACCGCCCAUACGAGUUUCUUCAGCAAAUAUUGCGAUAUGAUCUUGUGCCGCCGUCCCUAGUUUCACAGAAGGGUUCCGAAGCCGUUACAGGAGUGGCGGAUCGAGUGCCAGCAGACAGCCAAUUGAACGCUGUGGGCAGAGGGGCAAAGGAGCACUCUCCUUCCACUUUCUUCCUCUAGACACUGGCAACGCCCUUGGCACAGGUUCAUUGUAGAGUGACAAUAAUCUCCCACCAACCCGAGUUGAUCACCGUGAAAGAAAGUACGUUGAGUGAUGGCUGACCCAGAAACUGAUCCUCAGCCUUCUGAGACACAGCCGCCUGGAACCCAGCCCCCCGGUGCCCAUCCGCCUGGGACCCAACCUUUUGUUGCCUUCUCACCUGAUCUCUAUCCAUAUGGUGCCUAUCCUGCUGGUGCCUAUCCUGCUGGUGCCUAUCCUGCUGGUGCCUAUCCUGCUGGUGCCUACCCUCCGGGUGCCUACCCUCCUGGUGCCUAUCAUCCUGGUGCCUAUCCUCCUGGUGCACAGCCUCCUGUUGUCCAUCCGCCUGGAGCCUAUGGCAAUCAAGUUCCUCCAGGACAAAAAGGAGCUCUUCAGAUGAUGCCAUUACCAAGUGGUAUCCCAAAUUGCCCACCAGGCCUGGAGUAUCUUGCACAGAUCGACCAGCUCCUGGUUCACCAGCAGGUGGAGCUGUUGGAAGUCUUAACUGGAUUUGAGACCAACAACAAGUAUCAAAUUAAGAACAGCGUUGGCCAACUGGUCUACUUUGCUGCUGAAGAAAAUGACUUCUGUAAUCGGAAUUGCUGUGGGAACAUGCGUUCCUUUGACAUGAAGAUUAUUGACAACUUGGGGCAAGAAGUAAUGAGCUUGUACCGGCCCCUGAGGUGUGCUGGCUGCUGCUGUCCAUGCUGUUUGCAGGAGAUGGAAGUGAUGGCACCACCUGGUCAGCCAGUCGGAUAUGUCAUCCAAACAUGGGACCUAUGUCUGCCAAAAUUCACCAUUCAAAACGAGAAGAAAGAGCCUGUUUUGAAGAUUAUCGGCCCUUGUUGUGUCUGCAACUGUUGCAGCGAUAUUGACUUCAAGGUUACAAACCUUGAUGAAACUGAAACAGUUGGCAAAAUCACAAAGCAGUGGACUGGAUUUGUGAGAGAAGCUUUCACAGAUGCGGAUAACUUUGGGAUCCAGUUCCCCAUGGAUCUAGAUAUUAAGAUUAAAGCGGUUAUGCUGGGUGCCUGCUUUCUAAUUGAUUAUCUGUUCUUUGAGAAAAACAAUAACUGAACAAGGACCUGGCCAGGAUCUGAAACUAUCUCUGCUAAAUUGAACCAAAUUGCGAAGGUCAUCUUCACUCUUCCACCUUCACUAGAGAUAUGCUAAUAAUGGACAUGCUUUGUGGCUUUUAGAAUACCAAUUCUGAAAAAAUAUCAAAUUGUUAUUGACACAUUCAACUGAGUUCUGAACUUACUAGACUUUGCAAUGGUUGUGACAUCUCUGAUGCUGAAAACACCACUAAUUUUACAGAGAGUGCUAAUCUCUGGGAUAUAGGAUUUUAAGGAGCAAUAUUUCUGCUCACAGCACAAUCAAUUUUUCUGUCCAUUUAAUUUAAAUGGAUUUAACUUAACAAAGAUGGGUAGUCUGCAUUAUGGGUGCACUAUCCCCUGCGCACAUUUAUUCAGAUAUGUGCACCUAGCAGGUAUUGUUCUGAAAAAGGAGUGAGAGCUGAAAACCUGCCCUUGAAUUCUUCAGGCAGUGGAACAUUUGUUUAUAUGUGAACAAAAAUAUGACGCGUGGCACUAUUUUUCAUCACAGCUUUUCCAAGCAAAAGAAAAAGAUAUUACAGAGUACCAUUCGUAGGACCAAUUUGCAGUAGAAUGAAUAUUUUCUAAUUGUGUGAUUAAUUUUAGAAUACUGUAUAUUUUCAGAAAAUAAUGUAUCCACAGUCCACGAUCAGAUCUAUAAAAGUGGUUUAUUAACCUUCAGUUUAAUCCAAAUAUUUUAAUCGUCCUGACUGUUGAUACCAACUUUCUAUACUAACCAUAUUUCUCUAUAGCCUAGAAAUGUUAAUAAAUUAAUAAAUAUUG